AUGUCUUAUCGCGAUUUAAGAAAUUUCAGCGAAGCGAUGCGAGUCCUCGGGUUCCCGAAGCCGAUAUCUCUAGAGAGUUUUAGGAUCCCUAACUGGGACUUGAUGGAAGAGUGCCUUCGGUGGCUGGCAGCCAGAGUAGAGCCCGAUGCAGAAUUAGCUGGCAAAGGAGCAGGGAAGGAUUCCGUAGAACAAAGGGUGGCACUAGUGACGCAUGCCAUUGCGCUGUUCCACUCACGAGCUAAUAUAAAGCUUAACGGUAAGAAGAUUUAUGGCGCAGACGGCUGGGCAGUGCGUGAGCUGAUGAAAGUGGCAACAUUACUGCGUUCUGCUCUGGAGGCACCCGUCAAUGAUGACCAGCACCCUGACACUGAUAUAAGCUACGAUUUCACAAACCGGUUGGGUGAAAUAAAACAAGCGAGGGCUCUGGCAACUGACAUCACUGGGCAAGGCGCUUUCCUAUACGACCUGCUGGCAAAGGAACCAGAGAAUAAGGAACAUCGCGAACAAGCCCUUGCUCGCCCUCUGGACAUGUCGGCUAUGGAAGCCAGUUUACGUCGCGCCCUCGACGUCGUCUCCACGAAGGUAGUGUCAGGGAGGGAGCAGAUCGACAAUGUGGCAGCGAGUGAAGCCGCUUUAGAUGCCAAACUUGAGAGGAAGAGGGCCGAGUUGCUCAGGGCUGAGAAAAGGUUGCAUACUGUGCAGAAAAUCAAACCAGCUUAUCAAGGCGAGCUGACAGCUCUAGAGACUGAGAUAGAACAGCUGUGGGACCAAUACGUGCUAAGAUACCGAUGCGUCGAAGCUCUUAAGCAGCAGUUAAGCAUACUGGAGAGUGCUCAGGCUGAAGCAGUUGAAGAGCAGCAAGCAGCAAUCAUGCAGCUUAUUCACAAGUAUGAGGCUGAAGAUGUACUCGGAAAAUUAAGUGGCUCUGAGGAAUUGGAUUCGAGUGACGAUGAUAAGGAUCUGAGUGAGGUAAAACAACCGAGACCUGCCACGAGACCAAAAACUCGGCUCAGGAUCAAAACCGCAGGCGGCCCAGCUGCGGAGGCGCGCCGUGCUUUCGGCAGCAUGGCGGCGCGAGAUUCACUCGACGAGAUACGAGAUGAGGACGAUUCCCAGUCAGACUCCGAUUUCUCCGACACUCAAAUCUACGGUGAUGGCGAUGUACCCUCCCGUUGGUCGCGGACCCGACCGCGUCCUGCAACGCGUACUCUCGCCACGUCUGGUGACGAUGAGUUCGCAGAUCUUAUUGAAGGUGUGGAGGGUGGCGAUGCAGGUGACUCUCUUGGGAGUUCAUCAGAGAGUGAACUAAGACUUACGAGCGCUAGACCAAGCGCAGCGCCAGGGAGAGUUUCCGCACUCAGUGACAACGAGUUUUGA